AUGGCGCCUCUUCUUGAGCAGCUCGCCGAGCUGACCAAGCGCGACGAUGGCUGUGGUAGCGGCGCAUAUCGUGAUUGGAACGGACGCUGCGUCACCUAUUCCGGAUGGUACUGGUGGGGGCGCUGGGUCUUCGCCGGCAUUGCCAUUGUCUUCGUUCUAUUGGUGUUCGCCGGUCUUUUCCGCAACUCGCGUCGUCGCAGAAGGCAGGGCCAGCAACCGCUAUACGGAACAGGCUGGAUGGCACCCGCGCCGCCUCCUUACUAUCCCCCGCCUCCGCAGUACUCGGCUGAAGCCCAAGGCCAAGGUGCCCCGCCACCAGGCGGGUACAAGUACGGCCCUGGAGAUGGUUACUAUGGCGGCAAUCAAGAAGAUAUUCAGCUGCAACAACCACAGAACACCUACCACCGCGGUGCCGAGGCCGACUAUGCGCCACCCCCGGGACCACCACCGCACGACAACCGUCACGGCAAUGAUAACGAUUUUGCCCCACCUCCGGGCCCCCCGCCGAACGGGACCAAGUAA